GCCCCUGUAUCUGUAUGUAUCUGAAGCAGAAGAGCACGCCACUUCCAAGGUUCCGGCCCUCCCUCCAAACUCAGGCGUCCGUCCCGAUCGCGCCGUAACCGCCUGAUUUAUCUUCCGCUCCUCCUCUCUGCCUCCCUCGCAGGAGAACUGCUGUCCUGUCUGUCUCCCCCCGGCUUCCGCCUCGCGGCUUAAUCCCAAUUGGGUUGGCUUGAAGGAGCAACCCAAUUGGGGAUUAAUUAGAGGAUCGGGUGGUAAACUCCCAGGUGGCCUGCUCCUCUGCGUCCUCUUCCUGUUCCUGGGAUUGGCGACGCGGAAUCAAUCGACUGCUCUCUGCCUCUGUCUGCCUAUACAGGAGUAGGAUGAUGAAGCCGAAAAACAGCGCAUCGGGAAUGUUUAGGGAGACAGGUCCGAUCUUGGUGCAAAGGGACUACGGUGCCAGGCCGAAUAAACCAGACAUUGUUCAGACAAGAUGCAGAUGGAUCAUUGGAGAUGUAACAGAGGUGUUGGAUCAUAACACAUGGAAGCUUGGCAAGAUUGCAAAGAUUGUAGAGAACAACUACUUCGUCAUCAGGCUCGCCGACUGCAUCCAGCUGAAAGAGUUCCACAUUUCCAGCUUGAGAGUUCCAGUUCCACAGGAUCCUCCUACAGCAACUGUUCACUGCAAGCAGUUUCCUGCAGCUGACAAGGCAAAUCGAAGAGGCAAACAGCUACCUGCUGAUGUGCUCAGAAGAUCAGGCAAGAAAAGGAAAUCAUCCGCAGUUCUUGACUCUCCUCCUCAGCCAAGGCAGAGAAGAUUCAUGUCACAGCAUCAGAACGCACCAGGAGCUGAACAUCACAGGUAUGCACAUGCCAGAGAAGAGACCGCCGAGUGCUCGGUGGCCAGCUGCAGCGCGAACGAUGACGUCGCCUAUGGCGGCGUUGGCAGCAGUCGGCAUCGGUGCUGCUCCGUCGGGCGCGGCGACGCCAUGUCCGUCGUGGCCGCCCCGUGCACGUCGUCGUCCUCGGACGAUGACGGCGUGCUGAGCGACGGGCCGGCGAUGGACGUGCACGAGCUGGAGCUGGAGGCGUACCGGUCGACGGUGCGGGCGCUCCACGCGUCGGGGCCGCUGACAUGGGAGCAGGAGUCGCUGCUCACCAACCUCCGCCUCUCCCUCAACAUCUCCAACGAGGAGCACCUGCUCCAGCUCCGGCACCUCCUCUCUUCAUGACUUCUCCUGCGCUGGCGCCGGCGAUAGAUCACCCGAGGCGACUCUCACAACACGGGAUGUCGCGAAAUAAUUUAAUGUGGCGAUCCAUUCUUUUUUCUUCUUUACUGGAAGAGAUUUUGUUCCUCUUGCGUGGUGUAGUCGAUGUAGGAGCAGCUGCUUGGUCGGCUACUCGGCUGAUUAGUGACUGCCGACGUAGGAACAGAGCACUGCUGCGACUUCGUCUUCCACGUCCAGCCUCGCCUGUCCUGAAUUAUUUCUUCUAUGUAAAUGCUCCGUGUAGCACAUUAUUUACACCUCCAUCCUAUCUCGGUAAAUAUAUGGCAACUUUGAAUCUUUUA